CGGCGCGGGGUGGCUGUCGGGAGCUGGCUCGGCUGAGGGCCGCGGGGCCGGCGCCCGGCGUGAGGAAUGGGGCUGCCCGCCGCGUAGGGGCCAUGCCGCCCGGGUUCCGGGCCUGCCCCGUUCCGCGCCCCGGCCGCCGCGCCCCGCGUCCGCGCCGGCAUGGUGAACCUGGCGGCCAUGGUGUGGCGCCGGCUCCUGCGGAAGCGGUGGGUGCUCGCCCUGGUCUUCGGGCUCUCGCUCGUCUACUUCCUCACCAGCACCUUCAAGCAGGAGGAGAGGGCAGUGAGAGAUCGGAAUCUCCUCCAGGUUCAAGACCACGAUCAGCCCAUUCUGUGGAAAGUGCAGUUUAACUUGGGCAAUAGCAGUCGGCCCAGCAACCAGUGCCGGAACUCCAUCCAAGGGAAGCACCUCAUCACCGACGAACUAGGAUACGUUUGUGAAAGGAAGGACUUGCUGGUGAAUGGCUGCUGUAAUGUCAACGUCCCGGGCACCAAGCAGUACUGCUGUGAUGGCUGCUUGACCAACGGCUGCUGCAGCGCUUAUGAGCACUGCGUUUCCUGCUGCCUGCAGCCCAACAAGCAACUUCUCCUGGAGCGCUUCCUCAACCGGGCAGCCGUGGCCUUCCAGAACCUCUUCAUGGCAGUGGAGGAUCACUUUGAAUUGUGUUUGGCUAAAUGCAGGACCUCAUCCCAGAGGAAGACUCCGAUGUGUGGGUUAAAUCUUGCUCGAGGUUGCACCAAGAGAUGGGCAUCCACAUUCAAACCUCAGAGCUCCUGAAGGUAUAGGUAGGCAGGCCCAGUGGGCAGUUGCCUCUUCACACUGUGAUUGACAGUGACCAUCUGCCAAUCAUUUCCUGUGGGCAGGUGCUGAGCCAAAGGCUUCUUAUUUAAUCCUACUAGCCAUUUUUAGGAGGUAGGUAGGUCUUUUUAUCCUCAUUUCAAAGAAAUAAACUCAUGUGUAUAUUGCAUUGUGUUUACCACCCAAAGUCAAAUCGUCUUCUGUCACCAUAUAUUUGACACCUAAAGACAUUCUUGAUUGUCACCAGUGUGUAGGUGGAGGUGCUAUAGCCAUUCUGUGGGUAGAUGGCAGGCAUGCUACUCAAUAUCCUAUGGUGCACAGGACCCCCUCCAAAAUAAAUGAAUUAUGUAGCCCCCAAUGGCACUAGUGCCGAGGCGGAGAAACCCUGGGUUACACUAUGUUACCCUUGAAUAGCAGUGACACUGAAUUAGUAGCCCGUCAUUCAUUUAGCAAGUUUUUACUUAGCACUUGCUGAGUGCUGGGUGCUGGGUGCUGGGUGCUGGGAGAUAAAGAACUGAAAGGUAGCCUUCUGGAAUUUAAAUGGCAUCUGUUCAGUUGCUGUACCUCUUGACCUUCCCACCAGCAAUGUAUGAGAAUUCCAAUUUCUCCACGUCCUCACCGACACUUGUUAUUGUCCGUCUUUUUGAUUGUGGUCAUCCUAGUGGUCAUGAAGUGGUAUUUCAUUGUGGCUUUGACCUGCGUAUUUCUGAUGGCUAGUGAUGUUGAGCAUUCUCAUAUUCAUUGGCUGUUUGUAUGUCUUUUUUGGAGAGAUGUCUAUCCUAAUCCUUUGCCAUUUUUAAAUUGUGUUGCCUUUUCUGCUGAAUUGUUAGAGUUCUUUAUGUAUCUUGGAUACAAGCACCUUAUUAGAUAUAUGGUUUGAAAAUGUGUUCUCCCAUUCUGUAGGUUGUUAUUUCACUUUCUUGAUAGUGUUCUUUGAAUCAUAAAAGUUAAAUUUGUAUGAA